AUGCCGAUGAGAUAUACGCAUGCAAUAGUCUCAAGGAUCCCAUUGUCAUUAAGAACGAGAGGAAUAGAAAUUGAUGUAGCGAAAAAAGAAUUUGAAGCAUACGUGCAACUAUUAAGAGAACUCGAACUGGAUGUCAUCGAAAUGCCACAAGAUGAGGAACUUCCAGAAUCAGUCUUUAUUGAAGACACGGCUGUUGUUUGCAAUAAUAUAGCGCUUAUGACAAAACCAGGGAACCCAACAAGACUAAAAGAGGUGGAGAACGUGCGUGCUAUUUUAAGAAAGGAACUGGAUUUGGCACUGUUUGAAAUAGCUGAUCCAAAUGCCAAACUUGAAGGCGGUGAUGUUCUUUUUACUGGCAAAGAAUUCUUUGUUGGAAUUUCGGACUAUACAAAUGAGGCUGGUGCUCGUGCUGUGGCCAAUGCAUUUCCAGAAUUCCCAUGUGUUCCAAUUAGGGUGACUGAAAAGCAUCAUCUCAAAUAUUAUAUUUCUAUGGCUGGAGAAGAUCUACUUUGUGUCUCAAGUUCGUCGCAUUCGCAAGAAAUAUUGAAGAGAAUUGAGAGGGAAGCAACUUUCACCUACCAAACCUUGACGCUCACUGAAGAAAAUGCUGCCAAUGUUUUGUCCAUUAAUGGAACUUUAGUUCAUAGAUCUAUUGAUGAAAUUCCUAUCUCGUAUCAAAUUCUAUCCGAGAAAGUCGACAUGCCAAGACAAGUGCUGAACAUGACAGAAUUGGGAAAAUAUUCUACUGGAUUAACGUCAUGCUGCAUUUUGGUAAAACGAUCGCGGUACAUCAGAAAUUUAUAA